UACAUCUGCUCAUUUGGAAUUAAAACCUGCAGCCACACUGGCCCUCUGUGGAUAAGACUGGACACCACAGGUGUAGUAGGUAAACAUUAAACGCACUUGGUCCAGCCUUAAGGAAGGGGCCAUACAAAAACCCAUGUCAUGCUUAAAGAGGGAGAAGAAGACGAAGAAACAGCAACAGUGAUGGUAUCACCAUUAUAUAAAUAUUUAAUUUGUUUAAUUUAAGACCUUCCCUUUUUUAUAAUCCUUAAGUACAAGACAGAGAGUGUGUGUGUGUGAGAGAGAGAAUUCUUGCAUACCACAAAAGAACUGCUGUAGCAGUGAUUCUGGUAUUUUAAAGAUGACACGCUCCUUGCAGCAGUUUCUCAGAGACUACCUGGCCAAGCGACGCACUUGCAAAAACCGCCUUGUUACCAAAGACGGACACUGCAACAUUGAAUAUGGCAAUGUGAGAUACAGCAGCCGCUUUGCCUAUGCGCUGGAUUUGUGGACCACUUUUGUGGAAAUCCGCUGGCGUUUCAUCAUUUUAUUUUUUGUGGCCUCCUUCACUCUCAGCUGGUUUAUCUUUGGUCUCAUCUGGUAUUGGAUUGCCCUUGAUAAUGGGGACUUGUGGUGGCAAAAUCCCCCCUCAGACCACAAGCCAUGUAUAUAUAAUGUCUUUGGCCUCACAACAGCCUUCCUCUAUUCACUGGAAACACAGAUGACCAUUGGUUAUGGUCUGCGAGUCCUCAGUCCAUUCUGCCCUGGUGCUGUUGCCCUCAUUAUCAUUCAGACCAUCAUUGGUUUACUUAUCAGCUGUUUCUGGUGUGGAUUAGUUAUGGCCAAAAUUGCCUUGCCUAAGAAAAGAGCUAAGACCAUUACCUUCAGCAAAAUGGCUGUCAUCUGCCCUAAAAAUGGUGCCCUCUGUCUCCAGAUACGAGUCGCCAACUUGCGUAAAACUUUGAUGAUUGGCAGUCAGAUCUAUGGAAAGCUGCUUAGGACAACAAUCACACCUGAAGGUGAGACAAUCAUCCUGGACCAAGUCAAUGUUGAUUUCAUGGUUGACGCUGGGAAAGACAAUCUCUUCUUCAUCUGUCCUUUGACCCUGUACCAUGUAAUUGACAAAACAAGCCCAUUCUUUAAGUUGGCUGUGGACACACUGCUUCAGCAAGAGUUUGAGCUGGUGGUGUUUCUGGACGGCACAGAUGAGUCCACCAGCUCCUCCUGCCAAGUUAGGACUUCCUAUAUCCCCCAGGAGAUCAAGUGGGGCCACAGAUUUCUCCCAAUCAUUUCUCGUAAUAAAGAAGGCAAAUAUCGUGUGGAUUUCUCCAAUUUUGCCAGAGUAGAGCCCGUACCAACUGCACACUGUGCCCACUGCUUCUAUAAUGGCCAAAGUCAUCACUACCCCAAAAAUGGCAUAGAUAACCAGGGCUUUGAAGUGAUUGAAAUCAAUGAACAAGUCACUGCUACUGAAAUGUGAAAUCUACAUUUGAGCGUGCCAUAAGGGAUACCUGCUCUUUUAUGUGGCUCACUAAAAACCAGAUAUAUACC